CCGCAACCUCACAUCGACUACAUCCCAUGCAGCAGGCGCGAGGCCGGCAGCCAUCUUCGCCAGCCGCCGUCUCGGGGACCCGUGGUCGAAGCGAUCCCCGUGGCCAGAGUGACCCCCGCGGCCAUGUUCCACCGCUUCCGGCAGAGAGUUCGGCGCGGGCAACAAGUACAAACCCGGCGCCAGGUAAAAGCCAGGCUCAGCCAGGCCAGGCAGGCCAGCAGCAGCAGCAGCAGCAGCAGCAGCGGACAAGGAGCCGCAGCUUGUCCCGGGCGUCGACAACACACUCGGUGUUCCCAGCGGGCGACAAUCGCAACGAGCAGCCCGAGACGCUACACGCGAUCCGCAACGACAUGAUGGUCAACCACCUGUACGAGCAGCAGCUGCGCAAGCAGUACGCGUCGUGGACGGACCCGUACGAAGGAGUGGUGCUCAAGAAGGCGCGCGGCAGCUUCACGUGCUGCCCGCCGCACAUGGCGGCCAUCCCGGACUCGCUGUUCGCCGUCGUGUCGGCCAUGAACGUGCGCUGCGCCAUGACGGUCAACACGCCCGUCGUGCGCGCGCUGCUGGGCACGCUCUGCGAGGGCGUCGCUGCCGAGAAGAAGGCCGACCACGUGCCCCUGCCCGACGGCUUGCGCGUCCAGAUCCUGCCCACCAUGGCCGACCUCCCCCGCGGCCAGCUGCACCACUUCGCCGCCUUUGUCGAGAACGCCCGCUUGCUCGUGGUGUGGGACGACGAGCCCGAGAAGCUGCUGGCGCGCGCCGAGAACCUCGAGGCCCGCUUCAUCGAGAUGGUGUGGGGCGGCGGCGAGGCGAGAAAGAAUGCCGACGGCGACGACGACGCGGACGAGUCCCACCCCUCGUCGUCUACCGCGGCGGGAGAGAAGAGGAGACCGGGCUCGUCGGCCCAUGGCGCUGCUGAUGCCGACGCCGACCUUGAGGAGGCUGCCGAGCACCGGCCAGUCCGACUCGAGAGCGCCGUCACCGUGGCCAUCACGCUCGCCCUGUGCAUUAGCUGCCUGGGCCUCGGGUGGCGCGCCCUCGCGCUUGAGUCCGCCGUCGACGGCGACUACACACGGUGGGCGCUGCUGGUGGUGUCGCCGGCGCAGAUGUUUGUCAGCCUGUUCUUCUUCCAGGCGCUCGUGGGCAACCUCGCACAGAUCUUCGGGCCCAUCUCGGCCGUCACGUCCAACAGCAAGUACUAUAGCGGGCGGGCUCCGCGGCGGCGGCUGCACCGGCGGCACGGGCAGGGGCAGCUGCCGCACGUCACGAUCCAGAUGCCCGUGUACAAGGAGGGGCUUGCGGCGGUGAUCCGGCCCACGGUGGUGUCGCUCAAGGCGGCCAUCAGCACGUACGAGAUGCAAGGCGGGUCAGCCAACAUCUUUGUCAACGACGACGGCAUGCAGCUGCUGGCCGACGACGAGGCGCAGGCGCGCCGCGACUUUUACGACGAGCACAACAUUGGCUGGGUCGCGCGCCCGGCGCACAACCCGCCCAAGCCGGACAAGAGCAAGGGUGGCGAAGCAGAGGGAGAACAGACCUUCGUGCGGCGCGGCAAGUUCAAGAAGGCGAGCAACAUGAACUACGCGCUGCACGUCAGCAACCGCGUCGAGGACAAGCUGGCGGGCCCGGGCAGCGCCGUGCAGCGCCACGCGCGGUGGACUGACGAGCACGAGCGCGCCGCCUACUACGGCUGCCUGGCCGCCGUGCUGGCCGAGGACGCCGGGCGCACGUGGGCCGACGGCAAUAUUCGGGUGGGCGACUACAUCCUGCUCAUCGACUCGGACACGCGCGUGCCCGCCGAUUGUUUACUUGAUGCUGUUAGCGAGAUGGAGCAGAGCCCCGAGGUGGCCAUCACGCAGUUUGCCUCGGGCGUCAUGAACGUGACCGACUCGUUUUUCGAGAGCGGGGUCACCUGGUUCACGCGGCUCAUCUACACGGCCAUCACGUUCGCCGUGGCGUCGGGCGACGCGUGCCCGUUCGUGGGCCACAACGCGAUCCUGCGGUGGCGGGCGCUGCAGGACGCGGCGGCGUACAUGGACGAGGCGGACGGCUACGAGAAGUACUGGAGCGAGGCGCACGUGUCCGAGGACUUCGACAUGGCGCUGCGGCUGCAGGUGGCCGGCUACUCGCUGCGCUACGCGGCCUACACGGGUGAAGGGUUUAAGGAGGGCGUCAGCCUGACCGUCUACGACGAGCUGGCCCGCUGGGAAAAGUACGCCUACGGCUGCAACGAGCUGCUGUUCCACCCACUGCGCUUCUGGCCGGUGCGCGGCCCCUUUACGCCGCUGUUCCGCCGCUUCCUGGCCUCGAGCAUCCCGCUGCCCAAGAAGCUCACCAUCUGCGCAUACAUUGGGACCUACUAUGCUAUUGCUGCUGCCUGGUCCCUGUCGCUGGCCAACUAUUUCAUCACGGGCUGGUUUUAUGGGGUGUACGACAAGUUCUACCUCGACUCGUUCGCCAUCUACAUCUCCAUCAUCGUCGUCUUCACCGGGCUCGGCAACGUGGCGCUGGCCGUGCUGCGGUACCGCCUGAACGAGCAGUCGCUGAUAUCUGCCUGCUUCGAAAAUAUCAAAUGGAUCCCCAUGUUCACAAUCUUUCUCGGCGGCGUCUCGCUGCACGUAUCCCAAGCGAUCCUGUCACACUUCUUCGAGCUGGAUAUGGCGUGGGGCGCGACCGCCAAGGAAAUCGAGGAGGUGCACUUUGGCGAGGAGAUGGUGCGCAUCCUGCGGCGCUUCAAGUUUACCUUUGUCUACUGCUUCGCCUGCACGGCCCUGAUCGUCGCCGGCAUGUUCGCCACGCCCUACAACUGGCGCAUCGACGCUUUUUUUAGUAUUUACCCGCUCGCCGCCGUUGUCGUGUCGCAUUUCGCCCUCCCCGUGCUGCUCAACCCUGCGCUGAUGAUGUUUACCUGGUAAUUUUGUUUUUAUUCCUUGGGGGGAGGCAGAAUUGGAAAAGGGGUUCGGAAUUAUUCUUAUUCUCGGAUUGGUUGGGAAUAUAGUAUAGUAGAAGAACUAAUUAUCUAGACUAGCGAGAGUUAGAAAGGUCUUUCAUAAUUAUUAGGUCUAUCUAACGCACUUGGCGGCGGUCUUGGAAAGAAAAGACGUCGAUUUACUCAUAACAUAGUUACAAGUAGGAAAAGAG